AUGUGCUCCCCAGUUAUAGUGCAUCGCUAUGGUGACACAGUGCCUAAAAAGGAAGUACGAAGUGACGGUGCGCUGCAGGUCAAGGCAACCGAUGCAGAUACAGGCCAGUUUGGUGAAAUAGAGUAUUUUCUUUAUGAUGGGUUCCAUAAUUAUGAAAAAUCUAAAGCAUUCCAGGUAGACCCAAGAACUGGUCACAUCUGUGUAUCUCAAGACAUUGAUAGGGAAGAGGAUCCAGCCACUUACGAUCUCUUGGUGAAAGCUACAGAUGGGGGUGGAUUAAGUGCCCAAGCGUUUGUUCGCAUUGCGAUUGAAGACAUUAAUGAUAAUCAACCUAUCUUCGACCCAGACACAUAUCUGACAAGCAUAAGUAGUCAUACACCGCCAGGAACAGAAAUCAUGAAUGUCAUUGCCACAGAUAGGGAUUCUGGCAUAUAUGGUAGUGUGACAUAUGAGCUUGUUCCAGGCAACUUUUCAUCCCUUUUCACAGUGGAUACUUCUACAGGAAUUAUUUAUUUAAUAUCAUCUCUCAACCAUUUGGAUCAUACUGUGGUGUUUUUGAAUGUUUCUGCACGGGAUGGUGGUGGCCUUACCUCUGUCAUUAAUGCAGCCAUCAAAAUAAAUAUCCUUCAGACAACUUUGGCACCCGCUAUUUUUGAGAAGUCAUGGUAUGCCUUUUCUGUUCCUGAAGAUGUCCCUGAAGACACUCCUGUUGGAACUGUAAAGGCAAGAGUGCCUACAAAUUCUUUAGAAGUAAUCUCUUACAGAAUUUCCUCUGGUGACCCUGAUGGAAGAUUUUAUAUUGACCCACAAUUUGGUAUCAUUCGUACCAAAAACAAGCUGGACCACGAAGCUCAGGCUGUCAUGGUGCUCACAGUCCAGUCUCAGUUGGGUAGUUCUCUUGUCUACAGUAACACCCAAGUCAAUAUAUCUGUGAUUGAUGUCAAUGACAACCCCCCAGUAUUUCUUACAGGGUCUGAUAAGAUAAUUAUAUCACAGAGCACACCACCUGGCACAGCUCUGUACAUUGCUCAUGCAGAUGAUAAAGACAGUGAGCUAAAUGGCCUAGUCAAAUAUAAUAUUGCAAGCAAGCAGUCAAAUACAUUUAACAUUGAUCCAAGCCUUGGGGUGGUGUACCUCACAAGAAACCUGUCUGCAGAUAAGCAAAAGGAGUACACUCUGCCCAUAGCAGCUGAAGACCAUGGAAGUCCUCCUUUGAUUUCUCUUUUAACACUGACAGUGAUUGUUGAAGAGCAAAAGAUGAGCUCAAUUUUGACUUUUGAAAACUUGAUAUAUCAAGUGGAAAUCAGUGAGAGCUCUUCCCUAGAUACCAAAAUUCUCCAAGUUCAAGCCCAUGCACUAGAUCCAGAGCACACUGCCUUCACGAUGGUGUAUUCCCUAGAGCCUAGCACAGACUCUGCUGCAUUUCGAAUCAACCCUGAAACUGGCUGGAUUUACCUCCGGAAACAUCUAAACUAUGAAUCUACACAGAUGUACAGUUUUAGAGCCCUUGUCAGCAGCCCAGAGGACAGCUCAAGGCAAAAUGCAAGCACAUCCGUGAUAGUUAAUGUUGUAGAUGAAAAUGACAAUUCCCCCAUGUUCUUGCAUGAUAUCUAUUUUUUGGAAAUUGAGGAAAGUCCAGUUCCCCGAGGGGUGGUUGGCAUCUUCACAGCGAUUGACAGAGACUCUGGAAGAAAUGGACAACUUUCCUAUUUCCUCUUGUCUGACGGAAAAUAUUUUAAAAUUAAUUCCAAUACAGGUGAAAUUAUAAAUGGCGUUGCAUUAGAUCAUGAACAACAAGCCCAUCACCAAUUGGUCAUACUAGUGACAGACCAUGGAGUUCCACGACUUAAUGCCACAACAACCAUAUAUCUCUCAGUUACUGACAUCAAUGAUAAUCAACCUAUCUUUCCUCAGAUCCCAUCUGGAAAAGAGCUAGAUAUCAAGGUUUUGGAAGGACAACCAGGAGGCAUGCUUGUCACCACUGUGUUUACAAAGGACCUUGAUUCUGGAAACAAUGGUGUAGUGUUAUGUUCAAUAGCACCAGAAGAGAGUUUAGGUCCCUUCCAGAUUGAUGCCAGCAAUGGUGAGUUAAGGACAACUGACUCUCUUUCAUAUAAUCAGAGAUCUAAAUACAGAAUAAUUGUCACUGCAAGUGACCAAGGAAUGCCUCCCCUUCAAGGACACGCAACUCUUAACAUUCAGGUAAUCCCACUGCCCAAAGGGAGUUCUAUCUUUUAUCAAGAUAUCAAGCACUUCAUCAUACCUGAAAAUUUUAAGCCUGCACAAGUGUUGAGUUCUAUAAAGUUGGCUGGUCAUCAUCCACAGGCCAAUAGAAAACUGCAUUUUAGUAUUGCUGAAGAAGAUGACCAUGAACAUUUUGAAAUAGAUAGUUCAACAGGGGAGAUCUUUCUUUCCAAGGAACUUGACUAUGAAACAGUUUCUCACUUCCUUCUGAGGGUCAUUGUAAAGGAUUGUAAUAAGAAUCCUCCACAAAACAAUUCUGUUUUCCUCAAUAUUGAUGUAGAAGAUAAAAAUGACCACUCCCCUUAUUUCCAAGAGGAUUUCAUAGUGAUUGGCAUAGAGGAAAAUGUACCUGUUGGCACCUUAGUAUACACAUUCAAUGCAAAAGAUGGAGAUGGCAGUUUUCUGAACAGCAAAAUAUGGUAUUCCAUAAAAAUGAGUGACACUGGUGAAAAUCCAUUUUUCAUUAAUCCUUCAUAUGGCACCUUGAUCACAGCAGUUCCGUUAGAUAGAGAAGUUACUCAUUCUGUGGUCCUGACAGUGUCUGCAGCAGAUCAGGCAGUAAAUUUGACAGAUCGCAGACUUGGAUCCCAGACAGCAAAAAUUGUCAUUUUAGACAUCAAUGACAACCGUCCCAGUUUUGUGUCUUCUCCUCUUGCCUAUGUCAUGGAGGAUGCAGAGAUAGGCUCUCUGGUGCAUCACAUAAUUGCAGAGGAUCCAGAUGAAGGAAGAAAUGGACAAAUUGCAUAUCAUAUUUUUUCAGGCAAUGAAAACAAAGUAUUUAUGCUAGAUAAAACCACAGGAGUACUAAUCAUAGCUACUCCUUUGGAUCAUGAGAUUCAAGAUUACUAUAAUUUGACGAUCAUGGCUCUUGAUGAUGGCACACCAGUACUCUCUGCGACACAGAUUGUGACUAUAAUGAUUCUUGAUGUGAAUGAUGAGAGACCACAGUUCCAAAGGCAACUGUAUGAAGCUACAGUCUGUGAAAACAAAGAUCCAGGGGAAUUUGUCAUUAAGGUGGAAGCUGUAGACAGAGAUUCAGGAAUAAAUUCCCUGCUGCAAUAUGAAAUAUUACCAGGAACAGGAUAUGAAAAUUUCAGGAUAAACUCAGAUACUGGAGAGGUGAUGACAACUGCAUCACUUGACAGGGAGGCACAAGAGAUUUUCAGUAUUAAAGUGUUGGUUCGAGACAGUGGAACGCCUUCUUUAUCCAGCACAGCAACUGUUGUCUGCAGGGUAUUAGAUGAAAAUGACUAUACUCCGGAGUUUCUUCUUCCUGUCUUUGAAAUUCAGAUUCCAGAAAACCAAGAACCUACCAUAGUUCACACAGCAUUGGCUGUAGACAUGGAUACUGGCAAUAAUGGAACUUUGAGAUACCAAAUAACUGGUGGAAAUGUUGGGGCAUACUUCACUCUAAAUGAUACUUCAGGAAAACUCUUGGCCACUCAUAGCUUAGACAGAGAGGAUACCAGCAACUUUACCCUUAUUAUUGAGUGCCGUGACUUGGGCAUCCCUCCAAGAAGCUCUACAACACAGCUGCAGAUUACAGUGCUAGAUGAAAAUGAUAACAGCCCUAUAUUUGCAAAACGCCAUUAUCAAACCUCUGUAAGAGAAGACCUUGAAGAAGGAUCAGUAAUUCUUGAGCUGUUUGCUUCUGAUGAAGAUAAUGGCCUGAAUGGUGAAGUUGUAUACUCUCUCUUUGAUGACACCCUUGGAGCAUUUGCUAUUAAUAGUGCAACUGGUACUAUAAUUACAACAAAAGCCCUGGAUCGAGAGACCAAAUCUCAGUAUACAUUCAGAGCUGUGGCAAGUGACUGUAGCAUCCAGGGACCAAGAAGUACUACUACCAAUAUUAUGGUGUACAUUGAUGAUGUUAAUGACAAUGAUCCAGUUUUUCUACAGAAACCUUACAUGGCUUAUGUGUCUGCUGAAACCUCUGUGAAUCAAACAGUAGUCACUGUGAGAGCUGAGGACAUGGAUCUGGGGCCAAAUGGAACUGUAGUUUUUAGUUUUAUGGUACCAGAACCCAUGUUUCAGAUUGACAUGAAGACAGGAGAGGUUACUCUUCAAGAGCCUGUGCCUUCUGAAGGCUUCACUACCCACCUUUUUGUAAUGGCUUCAGAUCAAGGUUUCCCACCGAGGACAGCUACAGCUCUCUUGUCUGUCUCUACAAGGGAACAAGAGGAGGAGAUUUCAUUUAGUCAAAGACUAUAUGAAAUAACUGUGCCUGAAAAUAGUGAAGCAGGUACCUCACUUUUGACUGUAGAAGCUUAUGAUGAUAAUUCAACAGGAGAAAGCAUAAAAUACAGGCUCUUCAGCGAUAAUGAAAAUGUUUUCUCCAUAGACCCCAUGACAGGUGAACUUAGAGUGAAAGAGCCGAAGUUUCUUGAUUAUGAACUCGAAAGCAAAAUACAUCUUACAGUUUUGGCUGAAAAUGGCUUGACUUCAACACUUUGUGGCAUAACAGUUUUGAUACAAGAUGUGAAUGAUAACGCACCUAAAUUUGAACAAAGCUAUUACAAAACAUCAGUAUGGGAAGGCCAAAUCUACAGUACAUACAUCAUGCAGAUUUUUGCAACUGACCUUGACAGUGGGCUAAAUGGAGAAAUUGAAUAUUCAGUUUUAUCUGGUAAUGAAAAUAAACUGUUUCUUAUUGAUUCAGCACAAGGGAUUUUAGCAGCGAAUGCAAUCCUGAAUCAUGAGGACAUUUCAUCAUAUAGGUUGGUUGUACAAGCGACUGACAAAGGAAACCCCAGACUUUCUGCUACAUGUAUAGUAACAAUACAGGUGGUGGAUGUUAAUGACAAUGCCCCAGUUAUCCAGGCACCAGGCAAAGUACAGGUAUCUGAAAAUGCCCCACUUGGUUUCUCUGUUACUCAGGUAUUAGCAAAUGAUAUGGAUUUAAGCCCAGCUCUUCUCUAUAGUUUUAGUGACAAUGCUAAUCCUGCAAUUAAAUUUGCUAUCAAUCAGUACACUGGAGUAAUCACACUUAUGGAGCCAUUGGAUUUUGAAGAAGCUGCUCAGUAUGAGUUGUGGAUCAGAGUUUCAGAUUCCAUAUAUGAAACAGAAGCACAGCUCACUAUUCAUAUUUUGGAUGUCAAUGAUAAUCCACCAGUGUUUACUCAGGACUCAUACCAGGUAACAGUACCUGAACUCACACCUGCAAAUACCACUGUUUUGACGAUCUCUGCUAUAGAUAGAGAUUCAGAGCACAAUGGAAUUAUUUGGUACAAAAUUCUGUCUUCUGAUGAGGGAUUUUCAAUUGAUUACAAAAAUGGCUCAAUAUUCACUACCCAACCAGUGACAUACUCAGGCAAAAAUUCAGUUAUUCAGCUUCUUAUUGAAGCCAAAGACAAUGGAAACCCUGCUUUGACUGCUGUUACUUCAGUGGAGAUACAGGUACAGGAUGUAAAUAACUAUGCUCCUCAGUUUACCAUGGUACUAUAUGAUCUCAGCGUGAGUGAAGAUGCCACAGUUGGAAAAACACUUCUUACAUUUUCAGCCAUUGACUAUGAUUGGGAGCAUGACAAUGCAUAUAUUGAAUAUUCUGUUAUCAGUGGCAAUGCUGAUAAUCAAUUCCAUGUGGAAACAAGUGUUAGUAAAUCAGAAACAUCCUACAAGUUGGUUGCCAAUCUUGUUUUGAGCAGGAGAUUGGAUAGGGAAACAGCUUCUUCUCACAGUUUGGUCAUUCUUGCAUUUGACCAUGGAACACCUUCUUUGAAAUCUACUGCUACUGUAUUGAUAACUGUACUGGAUAUUAAUGAUAAUCCUCCAAUAUUUAGUAGUCUGGAGUAUCACAUUCAUGUCAAAGAAAGUAUCCCAACAGGUAGUCAUAUUAUGAUGGUCUCAGCCAAUGACUCAGAUGCUGGAACCAAUGCUGAAAUCACUUAUAACAUAAUCUCUGGAAAUGAGAAAGGCCUCUUUCGAUUAGAUGGAAAAACUGGCUCUGUAGAUUUGAUUAGAAACUUGGAUUAUGAGGAUACUAUGACAUUCACAUUGACUGUUCUAGCCUCUGAUGGAGGUAUCAGUGUAAAAAAUGUGGCUUUUUCAGUUCUUUUCCUUAAAGUCCUGGAUGACAAUGAUUAUGCCCCACUGUUUUUGUUUCCAAGUCUAAACUGUGUUAUCAGUGAAAAUCUUCCUCCCUUUUCUUCUGUGUGCACAGUUAAUGCACUGGAUCUUGAUACAGGUCCCUAUGGACAUCUUUCUUACUCCAUCCAAUCUUCAUGUUUGACCAAUCGUGGAAUUCCUCGAGAUCAUGACAUGUUUUUCAUAGAUCCUUUGACAGGAGAUAUCCAUACAAAACAAAUACUUGACUAUGAAAGUCAAAAUAAAUAUUGUUUCAUAGCCCAGGCAAAAGACAAAGGUGACUCAAUAGCUACCCUAACAGUUCAGGUGGAUGUUGAUGGGACAGAUGAGUUUGAUCCUGUUUUUACCCAAAAUCAAUAUUUUUUUGACCUUCCUGAAAAAAAUGAAGCAGGUCAAUUGGUUGGCAAAGUGGUAGCAUCAGAUAAUGAUGGCGGACUGGAUGGAAUUAUUCAUUAUUCCCUGCUGAAGUUUUCUGAGUUCUUUUCUGUGAAUCAGACUAAUGGGAAUAUUUACUUGACUAGAACACUUCACCGAAAGAAAAGCAAUAACCAAAGGAAAGAUGGCACCCUUGAAUUCUUAAUAAGAGCACACAGCCCAAAACUUGGCUCUAAGUCUACCGUAUGUAGUGUAUUAGUAAAUGUUUCCAACUCUCCUGAGAGCUAUUCUGUUGUAUCUGCAUACAGCCUGUCUGUUAGCCUUACUGUCUCCUUUGUGGUAUUCCUGCUUCUUACCAUCAGUCUUAUUGCACUUAUUGUGAGAUACAAACGAAAAGACAUGAUGAAGUCCUGCAUGAAAAAAGAAACAUCAUCUUCAUCAGCUGCUGAUUUUAAUUUGACCAGUGAAGAUAAUCUCUCUAAGGACUGCCAGAAAAUACAGGAAACUGAGAGAAGUAUACUUCCCAUGGGUUCAGUAACAGAAUGGUUGAGUUUGGUAGGCAUCAGAGAAAAGAAGGAUAUUGGUAAUCCCUGCAGGCACUCAGACUCAAGUGGCCAUGGUUCAGCAGAAGGAGUGACUGCUGAAGACGAGGAAAUCAAAAGGAUUAAUGAGCACCCUUUUCGAGCGAGUUCUGGCUCAGCCUUAAGUGAACGAGGAUCACGUGUGCCAGACUCGGGAAUUCCAAGGGAUUCUGACCAACUGUCCUGUCAAUCUGGAGAAACUGAUGUAGUGGUUGCCACUCAGAGUGCAGAGAGCAUCCAUGCCAACAAGGAUGAAGGUGGCAGAGAACACUGUGACACAAACUAUACCCAUAAGAAAAUGGUGUCUCAAACGCUUAAAAAAAUAGGGAUACAAGAGAAACACAUAAUGACAGAUGUUACAAGAGAAUAUAUCUUCAUCUCCGGUCAUCAGGACUCCCGACGUGGAUCACUUGCGACCCUUGUAGCCUCUGACGAGGAUCUCCAAGGCAGUAAUAACUGGGAUUACUUGCUCAGUUGGGAGCCCAGAUUUCAGCCUUUUGCCUCUGUGUUUAAUGAUAUUGCAAAACUGAAAGAUGAAAAUUUACAAAUUCAUAGCUUUCCCAACGAGAAGAAAUCUUUUAUUUUCCCACCUCCCUUGAUCACAUCAGUAGCUCAGCCUGGCAUAAGGACAGUACCACCGCGAAUGCCAAAUAUAAUACCAGGGCAGACAUUUAAAAACUAUCCUCAUUCUCCUGUUCUCCAUAAUAUUAAAUGUCCUGCACCAGCUAUGACCCCCAGUUUUUCUCCUUCUCUUUCUUUACUUACCAUGCAGACUCCUGCAAUUUCUCCAGUAGUGUCAGAUGUAGAACUGAUUGAAAUAUGUCUGACUGGGCCAACUCAUGAACUUGCAGCAGAGGAAGAAGUUCAAGUGUAGAUUAUCAAUCACUGAUAAAACAUGAAAGGGACAUCUGACUUAAAGUAUGCUUUGCUGCUGCUUAGCAAGAAAAACAUGCAUGCCAGCUACAUCAUCCUGUAUUUUCAUUCUGUUUUUAUGAUAUAAAAUGUAAUAGGUAAUUUAGUUUUCAAUUUUCUAACUACUUACCCUGUUCUUUGAAAAUAUACCCUAGAUCUGUAAGGUUUUUCCCUUACCUAUCUUAUUCCAUCUCUCAAUUUCCAUGGUUUCUGAAGCAGGUACAUACCUAAGUAUCAUAUAGUGAGUUUGACCGACUACUUUGUUUUAUCAGGAGAGAUCUCUGUAACAGUAUAUUGUAAUUAAUAAUUUAUUGUGGAAGAUCUUAAUUUCAAAUGCUGGUUACUGGUCAGGGUGCCAUUUAAUACAUAUACUCUGGGUUAGGAUUUGACUGUAGCCCUUGCUGUAGAUCUUUGCCACUAGAAAGGAGACUCUGCCAGCUACCUGCAGACUCCAUUUGUGUAAAGGAAUCACACUUGAUUUAGGGUUGAUCUAGCAGCUUCUUUGUUGCCCCCUCUUUGCUCUUAUGAAUGUUCCCAAGAAGCCAUUAUAUCUGACUGGGAAUGUGGCUACUUGAUCAUCCCCUUAGGGAUAUGGGAAACAAGGUGUAAAAUAAAAGCAGUCUACUUCCUCUGAAUUCUGUCAGAAGGUGACUUGGUCCCAUUAAGCACUGGGACUGAAGAAGUAUAAAGGUCCCAUAAAGUCAUCUGUGCUGCCUCACUUAGCAUGUCAGCUGGGCCAGAGAACCUAGCCUAGCUUGUUACAAGUACCAUAUACACAUCACAUUUUGUAUACGUAUGUGUACCCAGACACACACACGUACACAUGCCUCGUGUGUGUGUACUGGAUCAAACUAACCAAAAUAUAUACAAAGUAGUUCUACACUGACAUCUAGUUCCCUCGAUGUGUAUAUAUAAAAGUCAUCGGUACUUAUUUUGCAUCACAUUAAAUAAAAGUGAAGUACAGGAAAUAACUGUACAAAUACAUGGCCUGCAAAGUACAUGACUGGCAUAGUCCUGUCAAGGUGUCCAGUCUUUUGGGAUCAGCAGAUAUAUCAUGUGUUAUGAUUUUUCAGUGGUUUUCCCCAGAAUCACACAAAUGUGGAUUCUUUCUGCAUACAAAUGGAGUCACUCAUAAAUUACCUAUAAACAAAAUACUGUUGUAUGUCUACACUCCAGAAAUAGAAAUACCCAAGGUAGUUUUAAAUGAAGUUCUACACAAACCAAUUUACCUUCAUCUUGUCACAGUAAAUUAGCCUUUAUGGAGACCAUACUGGCAUGGCUAGACUGCUUCUAGAAGCCAACUUAGUUUUGGAAUCUCUGUGCUAUGCGGCAACAUGUAGUAGAGAUAUAUUAUAAGAGUUUGUGGGCAACAUCAAAUGUUUACAA